GAGAUCAGUGUGUAUAGACAAUGUAUUUUAAAAUAAUUUUAAUUAUUUUCACGGCGAGAACACAAUCGCAAACAAUAAUAGAUGAUGAUCAGAUAGAUUUACUUUGCAAAUUUAAAAAGUGUAUAUAUAAAUGUUGUGAGAAAGACGAAUUUGUGAGUGGAAUAGGUAUAAGUGAACCUCCCAUGUGUGUGAAAUAUGAUGGUGGGAAGAAAUUGGACUUCUCUGACGUACAAUUGUACGAUGAUAAAGAUCAUUGGAGACCGGUUAGCAGGAAAUUCGAAGACACGUUUCUACUGAAGCAAGGGUUAAUACUAAAUGAAAGCUUCACGAUGGCGGCUUUUGUACCCGAAAUCGCUGGAAUGAGCAGUUAUUUAAGUCAGAGUGGUAUACUAUAUUUGGAGUUUCCAAACGCUUACGAAAGAUGGACGCCAUUAGGAUCAGACUUUUGUUUGGACUAUGCCAACGGAACAGAUGUAACAAUUGCGUUCUGGGUUACCUUUCCAGAUACAAUCGCUCAGAGCAACGAUUAUAUCUCUAUAGCCCUUAUCACAUCGUCAUUCUUCCUGUCUCUACUGCUCGUUGUCUACGCGGUCCUCCCAGAGUUGAGAAAUAUAGGUGGGAUGGUACUCAUGGCAUAUGUGUUCAGUUUGCUGGUCGCCUUCCUCGCCCUGGCUGCGAUACAAAUUGGUUCUUAUGAGCCAGAUAGUUGUGUGACUCUUACAAUCGUUAUCUACUUUUUCUUUUUGGCUGCGUUUGCGUGGAUGAACGUUAUGUCUUAUGAUAUCUGGUGGACAUUCCGAGGCUACGCGAAAGCUCGUCCAAUCCAUCGCAGAGGAGAAAAGUUCAAGUUUUGUAUGUACUGUUUGUAUGCUUGGGGAAUUCCCUUAGCAAUGACCCUAGCAUUUAUGGAGGUAAAUGCAGCAGAUUUGAGUGACCAGCCAUGGAUUAUCAAGCCUCUCGUACCGACACUUGGAUGUUUCUUAGAAGGUGGGCAAAAGUUAGUUUACCUGUAUUUUCCUAUGCUGAUAAUGAUUUCCGGAAACUGGGUGUUUUUCGGCAUGACUGCAUUCAACGUAUGGCGUUUAAGUAGAGGCACUCAAGUGCUCAAUUCUCCAGCGGCUGGUAACCCGGCAGCUCAUCGAUCACAGAAACAGAGAUUCACAGUGUAUUUGAAGUUAUCAGCAAUAAUGGGCAUUAACUGGGUACUGGAAGUUGUCAGUUCAUUUUACCCUGAUCUUAAGAUUUGGUACAUCACAGACGCAUACAACUUGCUUAUAGGAUUUACUAUAUUUCUCAUUUUUAUCUGGAAGGAGUCUAUUUUGAACAAACUUAAAAACAAAUACAAAAGCUUCAGACGUGCUAGGCUUCCAAAAAGAUCAAUGACAGCAAGUUUUACUCUAGAAUCGACUCUUAGUCAAGAAUCCCAACCAAGUGUGUGUCCAUAUCCAAACGUACAGAGGAAGUUCUCAGGUGAACAGAGACCAUUUCUUGCUUAGAAUGGUGGUAACAGUGACUGCAUGGACUCUACCUUAUAGUUGACGAUCCGAAAAUCCGUUGAAAGAACGUUUCACUCUAAAUAACAGUUUCACCGUGGCAUUGUACCGUUUAACCGAAGAUUAUUUAAGGCUUAUCUUAAUUGUUGAAUAAUCUAAAGAGUUAUUAAUGCUCAACAAAUAAAAAUGAACAAAGAUGAA